AUGGAACCCCCUCAACCUGCGAACGUGGAAUCCACUGAGAAACCUACUAAAUCCAAUGUUCAUACAAAAAUGUCAAGAAAACGAAAACGGCCUAUUGAAGAGGUUAUUGCAGAACUUCCACCUCUAGAAUCAGUGAAAUUCCAUCCAAUACUGCCUGCCUCACGAGAUCCAAUUCUUAAUAUUCCAGCGAAUAUCAAUAUUAGCAGUCCUUAUGCCUUAUUUACUCUAUUCUUCUCUGAGGAAAGCCUUCAAAAUAUCAGUGAUUCUACUAAUCUCUAUGCAAAACUAAAGAAAAAUGCUAGAGAUACUGAUGAUGAAGCUCCAGAGCUUUCAGAAAUAGAGGAGAAUGAGGAAGCUCAAGAUAUAGAGAUUUCUGAAAUUUCUAUAUUCUCAAAGCCUUCUAUCCAACAAUAUUCAUGGAAAAAUACCAAUCCAGUGGAGAUAAAGGUCUUUAUAGGCAUUCUUCUCUAUAUGGAGGUUGAUUGGUGGUAUAAGGUAGAGCCGUUGGCUACUGAGUUCCAUAUGGCAUGCCGAAAAUACUACACCCCUGGCUCCAAGAUUUCUAUUGAUGAGAUCAUGGUUAAAUGCUUUGGACGGAGUCAACAUACAUACAAGAUGCCUAAUAAACCAAUUCCUCGGGGAUAUAAGAUAUUUGGCCUAGCAGAACAUGGCUAUUUAUGGACUUUUUUCUGGUCUAGCCGCCGGCAGGGUAUAAUGCCUAUGUUUCAAUUCCCUACAUUAACAAAAACCGGAUCUAUGGUGGUGAAUCUGGUGAACCGGCUUCCUACGGUAUCCACGCUGAAUACGCCGAAUGCCACGCCGAAUGCCACCCCUAAUACCGACCCUAAUAUCACCCCUAAUAUCACCCCUAAUAUCAACCCGAAUACCACGCCGAAUAUCAACCCCCCGAAUGCCACGCCGAAUGCCACCCCUAAUCAAAUCUCUAUCGCACAGCCGGUCACAUCCUAUUCAAUUUAUAUGGAUAACUACUUUACAUCAGUUCCUCUAUUCAAAGAACUAUGUCAACAGGGGUAUGGAGCAUGUGGAACCACUCGUCCAAACCAGGUUCCAGCAGUACUAGGCGAGCUUUGA